AUGUUAAACGUAUAGUCAAAUAUUGACAUUCGAUAGAAAAUAAAAAAUGAGACGAGUCGAUUUUCUUAAAUAUAUUGUACAAAAUUAGAAAACGAUCGUUUAUAAUUUAUUUUAUCUUUAAAAAAUUAUGACGAAUUUUCUCAAGAAGAAGUAAUAAAAGUAGAACUCUAAUAAAAAAAGGAUUUAUUUUCUCUUUUUUUAGACCGUAACUACGAAUGGAUAAUUGAAUAAGAUAUUGUAAAAGACUUUAAUUGUUAAAAUUCUAUAAUAACUCGUGCAUAGGAUAAACGCACAAACGAAAAAUACACACUAUAAUUAAUAAAUUUCGAUGAAUAUGAUGAUUAUGAAUUUAAAGCAGCUUUAUAUUAAAUAUAUAUAAUGAAAUAACUAUAAGUAGUAAAUAAUGGGAUUCCUCAUUCUCAUAUAAUUUAAAUAAAAGACUAAUAUUUAAUUGAGUCUUAGGAAAAAGCGAACAAAUAAAAAACAUUGGUAAUUAUUUUAGAAUAUUUCGAUGUCACCUUACAUGAUAUUAUUUAAUUCAGAAAAUAACAUAAGUGGGCAUUUUCUAUAUAAGAACUAACUUCCUUUAUAAGAGAUAUAAACUCAGCUUUAGCAACUAUGUUUAGAAUGGGAAUUUCACAUAGAGAUAUUAGGCCGACAAACAUUUGGUAUGUUUGUUAGGAAAAAUGCUAUAAAAUUGGAGGCUUUUAGGAUGCUAAAAUUAACGAAAAAAUCAAAGAUGUAAAUAUGAAAGGAGUUUAUAAGUUUGAAGAUGGGGAAGGGUAUAAUACUGUGAGGGGGGUACCGUAGUAUUUAGCACCUGAGAUUUUAACUUUAAUGCAUGGGAAUGUUAAUUAGAAAGUACUCUAGUUUAAUCCAUUUUCUCUUGAUAUGUAUGGAUUGGGAUUAACUGUGGUUUUAAUGAAAAAUUUGUAUGAUGAAUUAGAAUUUGAGAAUGUUUUAAAUAAAGUAAAACAUAAAGGAACAGCUAACAUUAAUAUAGAUUUAGGAUGUUUGGAAUUAAAUUAAAUAGUAGAUUAGAUGGUAAAUAAAUAUCCUUAUAAGAGAAUUAAUGCUAUUAGUUUAGAUAAAUAUUGUAGUAAUUAUUUUAGUAUGGAAGAUUAUCCAAAAAAUAACGAAAACAAUCUUAUUUAAAGCUUAUAAUAUAAAAAAAAAAAAAAAGUUAAGAAGAAUUAAGAAUUAAUAGCAAAUGAAUAUUUUAAAAUGUUUAUUUUUGAUUAAUGGAUAUAUAAAUACGAUGAAAUAAUUUCAAGUUAUGAAACUAAUUCCCAAGACUUAAAUAAAGCUGAUAUUUUAGUUAAAAUUGGGAAUGGUUAUUUAGAAUUAAACGAUGUUUAUAAAAGUAAAAAUUUCUUUAUGAGAGCUUCAGUUAUUUAUAAUGAAACUGGACAUGAAUUUCGUAAAAAAAGCUUGCUGGAUGGAUCAAUUAAAUAUUAUGAAAUGGCUAUUGAAUGUGUACGUAAAGCUAAUAAUGGAGAAGAUACACUUGAACUUGCUCUUCUUUUAGAAAAUAUAGGUAAUAUAUACAAGAUGAAGGGAGAGUUUUUAAAAGCAAGAGCUUUUUAGGAAGAAUCUUUAUAAAUAAUAUUAAUUUAAGUAGGAGAAAAAAGCAUAGAAGCAACAAGGCUUUAUAAUAAUUUAGGAAAUUUAUAUGGUAGUCUAGGUUUAUAUAAAAAAGCAGACAAAAGAUUGAAAAAAGCUUUAAAGAUUGUCGAAAAUUUAUACGUAGGUUAAGAAGAAUAAGUUUAAUUAAAAGCCAUGUGUUUGUGUUCUUUAGGAGAAAUUAAUAGAUUAAAAGGAAACUAUGAAAAUGCAUUAGAAUUUCUUUUAGAAGCAUUGGAAAUUAGGGAGGAGCAUUUCGGAAGUGGACAUAUUGAUUUGGCUUCUAAUUGUGAAAAUUUAGGAAAUGUGUAUUUCGAUUUAGGAGAUUUUCAUAGGUCGAAGAAAUAUUAUGAAAGGGCUUUAGUGAUUAAAAAUCUUAAUUGCAAGCCGAUUCUCCUGAUAUUGCACUUACUUUGA